CACUGAUACCGCUGAAUGGUGGAAAUCCAGCGCCUGGGAACUUUUCUUUCUGGUGAGCGAACGGCGGAAAAAUCGGCCCCCAUAUUUGCGCUAUCUGCCGCUUGCUGCUGCUGCGGCUGUGCCUGUUCAAUAGUAAUGACAUCCCAUUACCGAAACACCAUUCAGACCGGCUUUUGUGCCGUCACCCUUUAACGAUCCACUGCUCCCAAAGGGGCAGUGGUAGCAAAGGGAUCGAUAAAAGAAGCACACACACACACAUAGGAUGGUUCCCAUCUUUUUUCCACACGCGCAAUGUCUCGAGCGGAAAAAAACCACACACGCAAAUGAUCCAUUUUUCAUCAUGAUCCACCGGCGAAUGGCACGGAAUGGGAGCAGCUCGCAGGAAAUGGGAGAAAAAGCCGCCAGCAAAUCACAUGGCGCAUCAAAUGCUCUAGCCUUCUCCCCGCCGUCCCCCUUGAUGCUUCUGGUGGGGGAUUUGCGUUAGUACGGUUUCACGUCAUCACCUUAAAUUAUUGCCCGGCCCUUGCGCGGUAUCACACACACACACAAUCACAGCAUUACGGUACCGCUCGGUAAUUUGCUCGCUACGCCCAUCAGCAGCCCCUUUCGACCGGGUGGUGGGGUGGCGUACUUGUUUUACUGCGUACAGUAGGUGACUCUCUGAAAUAAGGCUCGCUAGUAAUCGGAAUCGUUGAAACCAUGGAAAGCUUCCGUCGAGUUUUGCUAAGCGCCUAAAUGUAUGUAAUUUGUCUUGCGAUGAUUACAACUCGCAACAACUGUGUACUAAAAAGAUAUGUUCAUAGCUUUAGCUUUUUGCAUACUUUUAGGCGCAUUACGCUUGAAACACAAUCCAUCUACCUUUCAUCGAUAAAAAUAGACGCAAAAUAUUCCUCAAAAUUUAACAUAUUUUACAACAAAAAAAUCACAUAAAUUUCUAGACAUAUGAAAUUAAUUCUUCUCGUAAACCAAAUUGCCUGCUUCAUUCCGGAUCUUACUGUAGGACAGUUGGCACCAAUGCAAUUACCAUUAACACUCGCUUGCUCCUCCAAGCCAAGCCAGUCAGCUUUCUGCUAUGCGGCUUCAGCCUCCCCCACCACACAGCAACCAUGCCACAUUAGAGAAUGCCAUUUCCAUUCACAAUCAUACACAGCUCCUACACCUCAUAAAAAGCUUUACCCUUGUUGAAAGCAUUCCUUUUCUCACUGCGGGGGAAAAAAGAACACUGCACAAUAGCCAUCGAUAGUGUCUAGUCUCACACGCCGGGGUUUUUGUUUUUAGCAAUAGUUUGCUUUUCCAAUCCAAACAAACGGUUUUUUAAAGAUUUUCUUUAAAGUCACAGCCUGUUUUGUGUUCAAAAACUACUUGGCUGCUGGCAAUGCAAAUGAAAAAACCUUCACAUGAGGUGUAAUUCAAACCAAAUCGGUAAAUAGGGAACGAAAGAAAGCAAAAAAAUACACAUAAUCUGACAGGAAGAGAAACAAAAACCAAAACGAAAAGAGAGAAAGAACAAACUGUUGUAAAUUCACACUCGUUUCCAUCACGCUAUCGGUAAUCUGAUAAUAUUCACUUAUUACAUAA